UCUGAAACGUCAAAUGCAGGUUGGUUCUUUUCGUCCGUUCUUCGUUCUUGUUGAUUUGAUUGGUCGAUUUCCGGCUUUCAGAGUUUUGCCGACAUGACGACUGACACGCUUGCCGAAAUGAAAUCAGAAAAAAUGUAAAAUCUAAAGAAGGAAAGAGCAUCCAGAUUUAAGAAAACAUGUUUCUUUACAACUUGACCCUUCAGAGGGGCACAGCUAUAACUCAUGCCAUCCACGGUAAUUUUUCUGGUUCCAAAAUCCAGGAAAUUGUCAUUUCGAGAGGGAAAAUCCUCGAAAUUCUCCGUCCAGAUCCAAACACUGGAAAAGUUCAUACACUCUUAACUGUGGAAAUUUUUGGCAUAAUUCGUUCUUUAAUGCCUUUCAGAUUAACUGGAGGCACCAAAGAUUAUGUAGUUGUGGGUUCAGAUUCGGGAAGAUUAGUUAUUAUGGAGUAUAUACCUCAGAAAAAUAUUUUUGAAAAAGUUCAUCAGGAAACUUUUGGAAAAUCGGGUGGUAGAAGGAUUGUACCUGGCCAAUAUUUGGCUACUGAUCUGAGAGGCAGAGCUGUAAUGAUUGGGGCUAUAGAAAAGCAAAAACUAGCUUACAUUCUAAAUAGGGAUGCUCAAGCUAGACUAACAAUAUCGUCUCCGUUAGAAGCACACAAAAGUAAUACGUUGGUUUACCACAUGGUGGGAGUUGAUGUAGGUUAUGAUAAUCCAAUUUUUGCUUGCUUAGAAAUUGAUUAUGAAGAAGCGGAUGCUGAUCCCACAGGAGAAGCUGCACAAAAAACUCAACAGACUUUAACCUUUUAUGAAAUAGAUUUAGUGGUUAACCAUGUUGUCAGAAAAUACUCUGAACCUUUAGAAGAACAUGCUAACUUUUUAGUAACGGUACCUGGCGGAGAUGACGGCCCCUCAGGGGUAUUAGUCUGCUCCGAAAAUUAUUUGACAUACAAAAAUUUGGGUGAACAACAUGAUAUUCGUUGUCCUAUACCACGACGGCGUAACGAUUUAGACGAUCCAGAGCGAGGAAUGAUUUUCGUUUGUUCUGCUACACAUAAAACAAAGUCUAUGUUUUUCUUUUUGGCACAAACUGAACAAGGAGAUAUUUUUAAAAUUACAUUAGAAACAGUUAGUGAUAUGGUUACUGAAAUUAAAUUGAAGUAUUUUGAUACUGUACCUGUUGCCACGGCUAUGUGUGUAUUGAAGACUGGAUUUUUAUUUGUAGCUUCAGAAUUUGGAAAUCAUUACCUAUAUCAGAUCGCGCAUUUGGGCGAUGAUGACGAUGAAUUGGAGUUCAGUUCCGCGAUGCCCUUAGAAGAAGGUGAUACGUUCUUUUUCGCACCUCGUCCUCUUCGUAAUCUUGUACUGGUUGAUGAAAUGGAAUCUUUAUCGCCCAUUUUGUCGUCGCGUGUAGCCGAUUUGGCUGGAGAAGAUACGCCACAGCUUUACAUGCUGUGCGGAAGGGGCCCCAGAUCUUCCAUGAGAGUAUUGAGACACGGUUUGGAAGUCAUGGAGAUGGCCGUGUCUGAAUUACCCGGUAAUCCAAAUGCUGUAUGGACUGUCAAGCGAAGAAGUGAUGAUGAAUUUGAUGCCUAUAUCAUUGUAUCUUUCUCUAAUGCCACAUUGGUGUUAUCUAUCGGUGAAACGGUGGAAGAAGUAACGGAUAGUGGAUUUUUGGGUACGACACCCACCCUAUCUUGUUCCGCGCUUAGCGAUGAUGCCCUUGUGCAGGUAUAUCCUGAUGGUAUAAGACAUAUUUGCGCGGAUAAGCGUGUAAAUAAGUGGGAAGCUGGCAAGAAGAGUAUCGUCAAAUGUGCUGUGAAUCAAAGGCAAGUUGUUAUUGCCUUGUCUGGGGGAGAAUUAGUGUACUUCGAGAUGGAUCCGACAGGUCAAUUACAUGAAUAUAAAGAGAGAAAACGAAUGAAUUCAGACGUUCUUUGCAUGGCUUUGGCUAAUGUCCCACCUGGAGAACAGAGGUCAUGGUUCUUGGCUGUUGGUUUAGCAGAUGGCACUGUUAGAAUAAUUUCUUUAGAUCCAAGUGAUUGUCUAGCUCCGAGAUCUAUGCAACCGCUGCCAGUAUGUGCUGAGUCACUGUGUAUUGUCGAAAUGGGUUGUACAGAAAGAGAUCCUGAUAAUGCUGCUCAAGCUAGUACUACUAGUACAUUGUACUUAAAUAUCGGUUUGCAAAACGGAGCACUAUUAAGGACUGUUCUUGAUCCUGUUACCGGAGAUUUAACCGAUACAAGGACGAGAUAUUUGGGUUCUAGGCCUGUCAAGCUUUUCAGAAUAAGAAUGCAACAAUCUGAGGCUGUUUUAGCCAUGAGCAGUAGAUCCUGGCUGAGCUAUUACUACCAAAGUCGAUUUUAUUUAACUCCAUUGUCUUACGAAAGUUUGGAGUACGCAUCAGGUUUCAGUUCGGAACAAUGUCCAGAGGGCAUAGUAGCAAUUUCUACGAAUAAGUUGAGAAUUUUAGCUUUGGAAAAAUUGGGAGCCGUUUUCAAUCAGGUCUCAUUUCCUUUAGAAUACACCCCAAGAAAAUUCAUAAUUCAUCCGGAAUCGAGCAACCUGAUUAUCUUAGAGACUGAACACAAUGCGUACACGGAGGAAACCAAGAAACAGCGUCGUCUUCAAAUGGCCGAAGAAAUGCGAGAAGCGGCGGCUGAUGACGAACAGGAGUUGGCUAAAGAAAUGGCCGAAGCUUUUUUGAAUGAAGAUUUGCCAGAGACGAUUUUUUCUGCACCGAAAGCCGGUCACGGAAUGUGGGCGUCGACUAUAAGAAUCAUGGACCCCGUACAAGGCAGUACUUACAGAUUGAUCAGGUUGGAACAGAAUGAAGCGGCCAUGUCACUAGCGUUAGUUAAGUUCCACGGUCAACCAGAGCACCAAUGGUUCCUAAUAAUUGGUGUCUCCAAAGACUUCCAGAUGAUACCUAGGCAGUGCAAUGUUGGAUUUUUGGAUACCUAUAGAGUCGAUCUCCUUGGUAAGGAAUUGGAAUUGGUUCACAGAACCGUUGUAGACGAAGUACCAAAUGCUUUGUGCUCUUAUAAUGGCAGAUUAUUGGCUGGAGUUGGAAAAAUGUUAAGACUGUACGAUUUGGGAAAGAAAAAGUUGCUGAGGAAAUGUGAAAAUAAGCACAUUCCAAACACCAUCAUUAACAUUCAAGCUAUGGGCAAGAGGAUUUUUGUUUCUGAUGUACAAGAAUCCGUAUUUAUGGUCCGUUAUAAACGCGCUGAAAAUCAGUUAAUAAUAUUCGCUGACGACACACACCCACGAUGGAUUACUUGCACUAGUGUCCUAGAUUAUGAUACGAUCGCUACUGCUGAUAAAUUCGGCAACAUAGCGAUCCUCAGGCUUCCAUCUAAUGUCAGCGACGAUGUAGAAGAGGACCCUACCGGCCAUAAGGCAUUAUGGGAUAGAGGUCUACUGAAUGGAGCUUCACAAAAAACUGAUACAAUCACCACUUUCCACGUUGGUGAAACGGUCACGUGGUUGCAAAAAGCCACUUUGAUUCCUGGUGGUUCUGAAUCGCUGAUUUAUACGACGUUAUCAGGGACUGUAGGUGUUUUGGUUCCGUUUACCUCUCAUGAAGAUCAUGAAUUCUUUCAACACUUGGAAAUGCACAUGAGAAGCGAGAAUCCUCCGUUAUGUGGAAGGGAUCACUUGUCAUUUAGAAGUUACUAUUUUCCAGUCAAGAAUGUUAUUGAUGGUGACAUGUGUGAACAGUACAAUUCUUUGGAGCCUUCUAAGCAGAAGUUUAUUGCUUCAGAGUUAGAUAGAACACCAGCGGAAGUUUCUAAGAAACUUGAGGAUAUCCGAACACGUUAUGCAUUCUAAAUAAGUUAGUUUAGCUUUAAUUUUUUGUAAAUGUGAUUUAUUUAUUUGAUAACCCUUGUAUUAUAGUGAGUAAU